GAUCGGCACUCCGCACAAUGAGCCAGUGGCUGCAUGUCGCCAACCGCUCACGGCCAUCCUCUCCCCUUGUCCCUCCUGCAGAGCUUCAGACUGUGUGGCAUCCAUCGUUACCCACCAACUCGCGGAGCCAAAUGGCCCGUGUGGUCCUGGUAACGUCAUGCUGCCUCCUGACGUUCGCUCUGCUUGCGGAGGCGCAGUUUCCAGCCCCAGGGGGAUGGGCGUUUGAGCAGCUGCUGCCCAAGAAUGAGGGCGAGCCCGAGGGCGCUGAGAGUGAAGUGACGCUCGCCCAUCGGUUCAGCUUGUUCGGCAACCCCAUCAAGAUACCCGAGAUGGACCUCGAGAAGUACCUCCCGCCACUCGUCCAACUCAACCUCAACCUUGCGGACGUAAGGAACGACACAUCCCGUACCUGUGCGCAUCGAGGAUAACAUGGCACACCGAUCUAUAUCGAUGCAUGCGCACUUGUGGAUCAUGUUAUGAUGCAGACCUUUUACAAUGAAGACACGGUCGAGGUUAAUGUCAACAGGGAGGUCGACGUGGCGAACAACGUCGACUACAGCCUUGGCGCCGGGGCAGCCGGUCAGACCCAGAGCUUCAAGAGCGGCCUCAUGACCUUCCAGCUGCACGACAACCAGCUGCUGCUCCUCCCCGACCUCCCACUCGACGGCGUCAAUCUGGCCAAGCCGGUCAGUGAGAGCCUGGCGGUCAAGGGCGAGGGCGACAAGAAGGAGACCAAGAUCGACGUCGCGUCGAUUGGCAUGGACGUGUUCGACCAAGGACACACUCUGUCAAAGCUCGAUGGGCCCGUCAUAGAAGGCGACCUCAAAGGCCACCCCAUCGGAGAGGUCUGUGGUGUGGGGGAAGGGGCCUUGAGAGGCCAAGGCAUGUGUGUGUGGGUGUGUGACUGCACUGCAGGCGUUCCAUGGUCGGUAUGGGCGCUACCCACAGGGCAAAGAGGCACAGGACCUGAUGCGGGGCGGCAUCAGGUGAGGGGAUCGCAAAAAUGGCUUUCUCUAUGACAUGCCUUUGACGCUGUUCCUAUCAUCAGAUUGCAGGCCCUGAAGAACGACGCCAGGAGGAGAGUCGCCGCAAUCACCAAAACCAAGCCCGAAGGUCAGACACAAACGCAAUCACGUUCCCCUCCCUCGUCUCUCCCUGUGCAUCCAUGUGCCCUCGUUCCCUGCCGUGUUGUACGUGCAGAUCUGGUGAUCAAGGGACAGUCGAUGAGGGAGCGCGAGAACGGCUUCGACAAACUGAUUGCGCUCGCCAAGAAGGCCUCUAGCUCAUUCCUGGGCAACAGCGAUGAUGCCGACAGCACGUAUGACGUCGACAAGAAAGACGAUGGUACCGGCGACAAGACUCACGAAAGCGACAAGACCGAAGAUUUCGGCAAGGAGGAUUCUUUGGAGACCAUGUCGGGCCUCCUCAUGACAGUGCCCAAUCCCACUGAAAUGCUCGACAAAAUGCCGGAGUUUCAGGACCUCGACAAAUUGCUUCCGCCCAUAUUCGACCUCGACAUCGCUGUGGUGAGACAUGGAGGGAGGGGAAGGAGGAACAGACCAGCCACACGCGCACACGUCUCGCUGCACGCCAUGUCGUGUGUGGUUGUGAUUGGGUCAGAUCAAGCACAUCAACAACACCGACGACAUGAAGACCGUGACGGAAGUGGGCGACGAAAUCGACGCGUCGAUGGAGAUCGGCAAGGGUGGCUUCGACGAGGAGUCGACUGAGGAGCAGAGCAACGGCAUGCAGAACGUGGUCCUGUUUGACCAGGUCAAGGUUGAGAACGAGGAGGCCGACGUCUGGAAGGGACUCAUCCCAUUCCUCUUCGUUCUCGGCACUCAAUAGCCGUGCCGGUAGUCAUUUGUGUUGCUUCUCAAACACGCAUAUAUAUAUAUAUAUAUGUGGAUGGCUACAUCACAUCUUUGGUGGGCCAGAUGCUUCGUGGCCGACGCUGUCGGGAUUCUUUUGGGAUGCGUUUAGCGUGCCACUCGCCACAGUUUCUCUCUCUCUCUCUCUGUGUGUGUGUGUGUGUGUGUCUGUGUGUCUGUGUGUCUGUGCGUGAGUGUUAAUGCUGGCUUGCUUUUCUCC